CAAGCAUCUCCGCCUGGCAUAUCUCGUAGUCCAUCAAAAAUCCAAGGAGGCUACUACACCACUGGCUCCAUGCUGCCACCACCUCCCCCACCCCCGAUGGCAAGACCUGUAGCAAUCAUCAGAUCUACGGCCGAUUUGGCACACAGUGGCAGUGUGUCACCAGGGCCAGUGUCACCGCCACAUUCAGCUGCUGGGAGUAGUGGAGGUAAUGGAGGGUCAAUACUGCCAGACGUGUCCCCUCCUGACCGCAGAGACGACGGCCUCAGUCCACCGCCACCGGCUACGUCUGCGCCACCAGUCUCCCAGAUGUUUGUGUGUGGCGCUAGCUUUGGAGGUGUGCGUAUGUAUCAACAGGACGGUCCACUGCGGUUAGCCAUCACCAGCCGCCAUGAUCCUCCCUCACAUCCCCCUCACCACCAACACCACCACCAGCAUGGACAGCUAUUUACAUAUUCCAGUAUGAGUCCAGUGAGUGCCAUGUCAGGAGUUAUUUCUCCCACAAGUAUGAGCCUCUUCACCUCUCCCGGUACCACCCCACGUACCACCCCACGGUCAACGCCACCGGUGCCACGCUGGAACACUCCCUUCAUCAAUCUGGAUGAAUCUAUGGACUAUACGACUAUGUCCACCCUAAUGCCAACACUGCCGGCUGAUGCCACCUCGGCACAACUCAUAGAGGAUGAUCGGUACUUUACAACAGUUGUUCACAGUGGAGAUGCAACUGCAGGAGCACAAGGAGCAUCCUCAGCAGAGACAGGUCCACCAACUGCCCUAGACACCAGUCCGGGGGGUCACCCAGGGGCACCACACACCCCGACCAAAACACAGUCCUCGUAACCAGGCCAGAUAAUAGCACAGAUGGGUCAUCUCAUACCUCAGGAACCGUUGGGUCUGAUAUAAGCUGGUAGUAAGUGAUGAUGGAAGCCAGAUCAAAACAAUACUGGAGUGUGUGACAAGUGUAAAACUUAACAGUGAAAAACAGUUUUAUGUGCCAAAUACAAACCAAAAUGAAAAAAUUCAGGACAGACACUUAAAAAAAUAUCCCUUAAUCUUGUUGUCAAGUUAUCCUUUAUAGACUUGCAUCUAUACCAGGCAUACUCAUCCUAGAUCUGCAUGGCAAAGCUCAUGCAUGAUUUUAGGUUUAAGCCAGUGUAAGCAGGAGUACGAAGUGGACACCAGACAUCUUAUAAAUGAAUCACAGUGCCAGCAAAAUAACAUGCAAUAAGUAAUGUAAGUGCUUCAUAGCUUUCUGCAGAGUGAUUAGAGUUUAUGGUUGUGCAAUUUUUUUUUUAGCAUCUGAAGAGUUCUUCCCAUUUAUUUUAGAUCUGUAUCUAGUUAACCCAAUGAAGGUCAGAUUGGAUCAGAUGAAGCAUUCUUCUGUGAGCUCAUGCCAGUUGGACCAAGUUCAGAUGUGUUCAGAAGACAGAGCCUUUUUUUUUUCUGAGGAGUACCUAAUUUCUUUGUGCACAGCCGAGGUUUCUUCAAAGAGGCGCAGAAUUGAAGCGUACUCUGUAAGAGGUCGUUCCAAGGGUGCAGUUUACACAGUGCUCAGGUCAUUCUUGGAGUACACAGUGAAGUUGUGCUUGGGUCAUUGUGGGGAGUACAAAAUCAUUCACUCCUUCAUGGGUCAUUCUAGGGAUACAAACUCAUGCAUUGCGCAUUCGCGACGUUUAAAUUCUAGGUUGAUACGAGUGAAUGGUUUUUCAUAUUUUUGGGGGUAUAUUGUCUGAGUACCCAAAACUUCAACAUGCAUUUGGGGGGGGGAAGGGGGCUCUUUGCUAUACCUGGACCUUGUACAGUGUCAAAAUUUCAGUACACAUAAUAAUCAAGUUUGUAUCUCAUUUGAGUGUUUGUGUCAGUUAACUCUUGCUGGCCAGGGUCAACUCUUGCAGCUCAGAGUCAAGUCUUGCAGCUCAGAGUCAAGUCUUGCAGUUUCAGAGUCAAGUCUUGCAGUUCAGAGUCAAAUCUUGCAGCAUAGAAUCAGGUCUUGCAGUUCAGAGUAAAGUCUUGCAGCUCAGAGUCAAGUCUUGCAUUUUCAGAGUCAAGUCUUGCAGUUCAGAGUCAAAUCUUGCAGCAUAGAAUCAAGUCUUGCAGUUCAGAGUCAAGUCUUGCAGCUCAGAGUCAAGUCUUGCAGCUCAGAGUCAAGUCUUGCAGUUUCAGAGUCAAGUCUUGCAUUCAGAGU